CAGCAACAGCAACAGCAACAGCAGGCAUAUGUCCCGCAAACAGUAUAUACAUCCCAAACGAGCUAUAUCCCGCAGGCAAGCUAUACCCCACAGACGAGCUAUGCACCUCAGGCGAGUUAUGCUCCCCAAACGAACUAUGUGCCUCAGUCGAUGUAUGUGCCUCAGUCAAAGUACACGCCUCAGUCAAAGUCCCAGCAGCAGCAGACUCCUCCUCAGCAGACUCCUCAGCAGACUCCUCAGCAAUUACCCCAGCAGCACCACCAACAACAACAACAAGAACAAGAACAAAAACAAGGACAAGGACAAGGACAACAGUAUCAGCAGCCAUAUCAUCCACCACCAGCAUCCAGGCAUCAAAGCUAUCCACCUCCUCCGCCGGUUGUGAACAGGGGUGAGCUGCAGAGUCCGUCGAGUAUUGUGCCUGCUCUCGGAAUUUCCUCCCCUGUUCAGUCUGCCAACGGCGCGUAUGGAAACAACUUCAAUGCAAUUUCGCCGCCAUUUGUGCCGACAGGUGGAGUUCGAGCCCCCUCGCCCUCGGUAUUCACGAUGGGCGAUCGUGCGUCGUCUCCCUCUCGAACAUCGUCCUCUUCGGACGAAAAUCGUGCCCAUCAUGGUCAGCAUCUGCGGGCGGCAUCGAUGGGGCAGGCUGGACUCGGAUCGGGCAGGGCCACGCCAUCACCACUUAACACCACUAGUGGUAACGACAUCCUCAGACCCCUCCCGACGAAAUCAGAGGACUGGGGUGCACUCCUGGAUACACCUGCGACCCCCACUCAUUCCUAUCCCGGUGAGCGCUUUCCGAACCCAGGACAGUUCAUGAUGGAAUCCUUUGGGUACACAGAUUCGCCCGCAGAGGAGACAACUCCUUCGGGCGACUACUUACAACACCAAAAGUCGUUUUCGUAUGGCCAGCAGCCUGGACCUAGACCGCAUGCGCAGACGGACCCAUCUCCCAUACAGCACCGCCCUGUCUAUCACCACCAGCAACAUAACUCGACGUCAAGCGUGCCCAUGGCAUACACAGGUACGUUGUGCAGAGUAUCUUGUCACAUGCGCGAGAGCACUUUUCUUGUGAGAUGAGGCACAAGAAUGAACAUUAAAUUCAAUGGGCUGUUGGACUAAAUCCAUAUGUCUAAAUAUUGUCAUUUAGGAAACAUGGGUCCAGGCGACU